UGAAGAAUCUCAAAUAUAAAAUAUAUUUUUAUUUGUUUAAAUAUUUUUUGGUUACUACAUGAUUCCCUUUGUGUUAUUUCAUGAUUUUGAUGUCUUCACUAUUAUUCUACAAUGUAGAAAAUAGUCAAAUAAAUAAAAACCCUGCAAUGAGUAGGUGUGUCCAAACUUUUGACUGGUACUGAAACAUUUUCAGAGUAGCUUCCCCAACACUGCUGACCUGUGACCAAAUAUUUGUUUUAUUGUAUGUAUGUCACAGAACCAGAGGAUCCAAUAAAAGUAUUCGAAGCACAGGGUCUGAUAAAUACAUUUGGAAUUUAACUGUUUUGGUUUUUGCUUUGAGUCAUUUCAUUUUAGUUGGCUAGACAUUACAACAUCAUGUAGGUUAAUUUAUCUGUAUUGAGUUCUAUGUUAAACCUACAAGCCUAUACACUACAGUAUCAAUGUGCUUUACGUGACAAAACCCAAAUCUUGGUUGGCCUUUAUGGAAAUUCAAAAUAAUAACAUUCUCCAUGCAAGAAUUACCUCAACCACACACAAAAAUGGCGCCGUACUGUAUGCUUGCCGUCUUUGCUAUUUUGCGAUUAUUUUUCCUUGUUUUAUAGUAAGCCUACUACUUAUAUUGAUUACUGCAUUGUUGGGAAAGAGUUUGCAAGAAAGACAUUUAACUGUUCUUGUGCACGUGACAAUAAAACUUGCCAUUUGAGCUAGAUUAUAACAGUUUAGAACUCCUCCCCCUACCUCUUGAACGUCACCUGUGUACGCGCCCAACACCUACAGGUAAAGGUGUAUGCUACAGAGAACUGCGGGGGAAGGAAGAAUUAACGGUUGGAAAAAUUCAGGAUACCGCUGCUAUGGCCGAGUCUCAGCUUCUGUGCAUGGACGAAGAUCAUGUCAACGAAAAGAUACCCGAAUCCAAAGCAGAAUUCUACUACUGCGAGGAGCAGCGAGCCGCGCUCGAGCAACUACUGAAGAACGGCGAUGGCGCGUUCACGAUGCGACUGAAAGAGGACAACGUCAGAGACUUUCUAUCCGCCCGCGAGAUUAAAUGGAUAACAAAAACUUUUGAUGAAUAUGAUUCAGAUAGUGAGUCCGAGAAGGGCGAAUACGAAAAGGCUCAGGAGUCCAAUGCAGACUCGGGGGUCCACUCCACAUACUGGCCUCAGAUGUCGGACACGGAUGUCCCGCCGCUUGACAUCGGCUGGCCAGGCAGCACUAGUUUCUAUAAAGGUGUCACUCGAGUAUCCGUUCACACGCACCCACCCAAAAACAAGGGGCCCCAUAUAAAAGAGGUUGUCAGGAGACUCAUUCAAGAAUCUAACAAGGUAGUAGCCGUGGUCAUGGACCACCUUACAGACCUGCAGAUCCUCCAGGACCUAUUGGACGCAGCACAGAGACGAGGGGUGGCUGUGUACAUCAUACUGGAGGCUCGUGGUAUGCCCCACUUCCUGGAUAUGUGCACUCGUUUACAGAUCACUGCUCUGCAUCUACGGAACCUGCGUGUGCGAACGGUGAAAGGUUCUGGGCUGGCCCUGUCAUUUGGCAGGCUGCCCGGCUCUCUGUGCUCCAAAUACAUGCUGGUGGACGGAGAAAAGGUUAUGUUUGGCUCUUACAGCUUCACAUGGAGCUCCUCUAGGAUGGACAGGAACACCAUCACAGUAAUGUCUGGGCAGGUGGUGGACUUCUUCGACAAUGACUUCAGGGAAAUGUAUGCUGUAUCUGAGAAUGUGGACCUUUACAAGGAGUUCCACAUUACCAAGCCUCCCAUGCCUGCGCCGGUACGGAAGGUGGUGGUCCCCAAGCCCCUGUUGAUGUCCACCUCCCGUUUCCAGGUGUCUCUAGGGGACUCUCGGGGGCAGGCUGACCAGAGGGUGCCUGCACAUAAAUACCACAACCCUAAGUAUUCUCUGGUGGUGGGGAACAGUCUCGGGCUCACUGGGUCCUUACAGGACCUCUCCACACUCAGGGACUCACUGGGCGGUGGACUCGAACGGAACGGACUGUCGACGCUACUCCAUGCCAAAGGGGGCAGUAGUGUGGAACUGGACAAGGUCACUGCGAAGUCCCCCAGUUCUCCUGUGGAGGAUGAGGAGGAUGGGAAGGGAGGUUCGCCGAAGCGCCAGGCCUUAGGUGGAAAGAAACAACGCAGUUCUUUCAGGCUCUUCCUGAAAGGCAGAGGAUCCAAUCACAACAGUGAGACUAUAGAGGAGGAUGGGGCCACUCCUUCAAACCCUUCCUCCACCCGCCCAAACCCCUCCCCUAGCCACCCAACCCCCACCCCUAGCCACCCAACUCCCUCCCCUAGCCGCCCAACCCCCUCCCUUGCCCACCGAACCCCCUCCCCUACACGCCCAAACCCCUCCCCUACC